AUGCCCGGGUUUGAUUACAAGUUUCUGGAAAAACCAAAGAGACGCUUCCAGUGUCCGCUCUGCAGCAAAGCGAUGCGGGAACCGGUCCAAGUGUCUACCUGUGGACACCGCUUCUGUGACACCUGUCUGCAAGAAUUCUUAAGUGAGGGCGUCUUCAAGUGUCCAGAAGACCAGCUUCCAUUGGAUUAUGCAAAGAUCUAUCCAGACCCAGAGCUGGAGCAGCAGAUCUUGGCCCUGCCCAUCCGCUGCAUCCACAGUGAGGAGGGCUGUCGCUGGACGGGGCAGAUGAAGCAGCUACAGGGCCAUUUCUCCACCUGUGCGUUCAACGUGAUCCCGUGUCCGAACCGCUGCUCGGUGAAGCUGACCCGCCGCGACCUGCCGGACCACCUGCAGCACGACUGCCCCAAGCGCAAAGUCAAGUGCGAGUUUUGUGGCAGCGAGUUCACCGGUGAAGCCUACGAGAACCAUCAGGGCGUGUGUCCCCAGGAGAGCGUUUACUGUGAGAACAAAUGUGGGGCGAGGAUGAUGCGACGCCUUCUGUCCCAGCACAGCAUGGCGGAGUGUCCCAAACGCACACAGCCCUGCAAGUACUGCGGCAAAGAGUUCGUCUACGACACAAUCCAGAAUCACCAGUACCACUGCCCCCGCUUCCCUGUGCAGUGUCCAAACCAGUGUGGCACCCCCAACAUCGCCCGCGAGGAUCUGGCCAACCACGUCAAGGACAACUGCGGGAGCGCACUGGUCCUCUGCCCUUUUAAAGACGCUGGCUGUAAACAUCGAUGCCCCAAACUGGCAAUUGGCCGACACCUCGAGGACACCACGAAGUCCCACCUCACCAUGAUGUGUAACCUGGUGGGCCGGCAGAGGCAGGAGAUCCUGGAGCUGCGGAGGGAGAUGGAGGAGCUGUCUGUGAGCCACGACGGGGUCCUGAUCUGGAAACUCAACGACUACUCUCGAAAACUCCAAGAGGCCAAGAUGAGAAGCAACCACGAGUUCUUCAGCCCUCCCUUUUACACCCACCGCUACGGCUACAAGCUGCAAGUUUCUGCAUUUCUGAACGGGAACGGCAGCGGCGAGGGCUCCCACCUGUCUGUGUAUAUCCGAGUUCUACCAGGAGAGUAUGACAACCUUCUGGAGUGGCCAUUUUCCUACAAAGUGACUUUCUCUAUAAUGGACCAGAGUGAUCCAUCGUUGUCCAAACCGCAGCAUAUCACAGAAACAUUCAACCCAGACCCCAACUGGAAAAACUUCCAAAAACCAAGCAGCAAUCGCAAUUCCAUGGACGAGAGCACCCUGGGCUUCGGAUAUCCCAAGUUCAUCUCCCACGAGGAAAUCAAGAAGCGAAACUACAUCCGGGACAACUGUAUCUUCAUCAAGGCUUCGAUAGAGAUUCCUCAGAAAAUAAUGGGUUGA